UCCUCAUGGAAGCAGGGCUACUGGCAUCUACCGGAGUGCUCCUCUCAAUUCGAAUGAUAUUGUCUUCACUAGACCUGCUAAUUUGAACCCUGGAAGAUUGUCAGUGGUAACUUUGAUCUUCUCUCUAGUGUAGAUGUACCUGAAGAUGCCACAGGACUCCUGGUUGGUUUUGGAAGGAAUUCAGCUUCCUGGGAGGUUUCAGGGCAGUGGUUCACAUUGCUGAACUAACGUUCUGUUUUCCCACAGUGUAUUUCCACAGAGUAAUGUCCACUUAACCAAGAGCCAUGUCCACGUAUCUGAAACACUUCACCGUAGUGGGUGACGACCCUGUGCAGUGGGGCAAUGACUACAAGAAAUGGGAAGAUCAGAUGGAGGAAGAAGGUGGGCAGAAGCCAGAAGAUUCAACAAUCAAUGUGAACUCCUCAGUCAGACCUCGUUCUUUCCAGGAUGUGAUGAAAAAGCUCUUCAGUUCCCACAAAUUUCAGAUAUUGGUUGUUUGCUUGGUUAUUUUUGAUGCGUUGUUGGUGCUUGCUGAAUUGCUUCUGGACUUGAAAAUCAUCCACCCAGACAAACAUGAAAUAGCACCAAAGGUAUUUCACUACAUGAGUCUUUCUAUUGUGACCAUCUUUUUGGUGGAAGUUGGGUUUAAAAUAUUCGUCUAUCGCCUGGAAUUCUGUCACCACAAGUUCGAAGUCCUGGAUGCAAUAGUGGUGGUGGUUUCAUUUAUCAUCGAUGUUGUCCUUCUGUUUCGGGAACAUGAAUUUCAAGCAGCUGGACUAUUGAUCCUACUCCGAUUGUGGCGAGUGGCCAGAAUUAUAAAUGGAAUAAUUUUAUCAGUAAAGACACGCUCCGAACAACGAGUGUCAAAGCUGAAGCAAGCAAAUCUGCAACUUGCUACAAAAGUUGAGCAUCUUGAACACAGCUGCAUAGAGAAGGAACAAGAAAUUGAAAGACUCAACAAGCUGUUACAACAGCAUGGACUUAUCCACAAACCACAAUAAAAGACUGGCUGUCUAGAGUGAGAGAAAUCCUUCCAUGAGGAAAUUCCAAUGCAACAAAUACUAGUUUAAUGAUCCUUUGUUGACAUCCUUUGUUGACUGAGAUAUUUU